UGCUACCUGUGUGUAACUUGACGCAGGCAGCUCGUCUGUAGCUGCUGCUGGCUGCUGCAGGAGUGCUAUUUGCGGCAGCGGAGACCAAUGCGAAAUGCCUUUUGUAUGCCCGGGUGUUUUUUUUUUUGGGUUUUGUUUUGCGUUUUGCGAGGGUCAGAUCACAGUGUUUGUAGCCAUGCUCUGUGGUGGAUUCAGCGGGCUGUCCUAGCUGACUGAGCCGCUCCAGCAGCGGUGGCUCCGGUGCAGUGCACAGCCGGGGAUGAGGCCUACUUGUUAAAGCUCCCCCCUCCACCUCCAUCGUGAUGGCUGAUGAUCAACAACAACCUGGUCAGAAGCCUGCCUCGGGAUUAGGCUCUCUUCCAGCACUGGUGCCGGGACUCCAGGGGCCCGAGGCUAACGCGUUACAGUUCAAAAUAAAGAAUUCCGUUUGCAAAGCUGUACAAUCAAAAGUGGACAGCAUAUUGCAAGAUGUUGAGAAGUUUACAGACAUCGAAAAACUCUACCUCUACCUUAAGUUGCCUUCUGGUCCCAGCAGUGGCAAUGAUAAAAGGACUGAGAAUGAGAGGGGGUCCUCCACUCCUGGAUUAUGUGAUGCGAGUUCCAUGUCGUCAAGCCGUACUCAACAGAUGUAUGCAUUCAACUGGAUACGGAAUCACCUAGAAGAACACCCAGAGACUUCCCUCCCAAAGCAAGAGGUGUACGAUGAAUACAAGAGCUAUUGUGACAAUCUCGGCUACAAUCCACUGAGCGCAGCAGACUUUGGAAAGAUCAUGAAGAAUGUCUUUCCUAACAUGAAAGCACGUCGACUGGGCAUGAGGGGCAAAUCUAAAUACUGUUAUAGCGGGUUAAGGAAGAAAGCUUUUGUUCACAUGCCAUCUUUACCCAACCUGGAUCUGCAGAAAUCUGGAGAUGGGUGUGAGCUGAUGGAGCCAACGGGCCAGUCGCCGAGCGCUGAAGAUGAAAUGAGAUCUGCAGCCUGCGGACUGGUGUGCGAGUGGGCCCAAAAGGUCCUGAGCCGGCAGUUUGACAGCGUGGAGGACCUGGCCCGCUUCCUGCUCAAUAGCCACUACAUUGGUACUAAGUCCAUGGCUGCACUCACUGUUAUGACUGGAACACCCACAGGAAUGAAGACACCAACCCCAGCCUCUGCAUUUGUGCCCACAGCUGAGGCAAACUCUUUCCAGCCCCAGGUGAAGACCCUGCCCUCUCCCUCUGUUGAUGCAAAGCAGCAACUGCAGCGAAAGAUCCAGAAGAAGCAGCAGGAGCAGAAGCUUCACUCACCCCUUCCCAGUGAGACCCAGGUCAAGAGAACAGAGGCCAGUACCCCCGGCCCCACGAUCCCCUGUGGCAGCCCUGCUCUGCUCUCCCCUCAGCCCACCAUAGGCAUUGUAGUAGCAGCUGUCCCCAGCCCAGUCACGGUACAGAGAAGCAGGCAGUUGAUGACCUCGCCCAGCCCUGUCGGGACAGCAGAGGGAAAAGUGCUGCCUGUGAACUUCCAAGUGGUCACUCAGUCUCUUAAACAGUCCCCCAAAACUCCCCAGAAUAUCUCAGCUAGUCCUGUGGGUGAUCGGCUGGCACGACACGGUACGCGGUACGCUCAAAUCCUGCCCAAGCCCUCUGCCACCAGUGCCAUCACGCUGCGCUCACCACCCACCCUACUCAUCACGAACAGCCCCAUAAAAACUGUGAUGCCCACUUCUCAUGUGGGCUCAGUCAACGUAGUGAAGAUGACGGCCAUCGCUCUGGCUCCCAGCAGCAACAGCAGCAGCACAGCUGUGCGUCCGGCUUCAGCGGGUGUGAGUACCACAGCUGUUUCAGAUGAUUCCCAGCAGUCACACAGCGGCAGCUCAGCUACCCCUCAGUCUCCUGCAAUUCGACCCAAUGCCCCAGCUUCCACCCUGGCCUUCUCAACCGACCCCAAAGUGGUUUCUGAGGGUGACAAUAACCCCACCUCUAGCACAGAGAAAACUGCUGGUGGCAUCAAAGAGGACAGAGUGCCUAAGCUGAGGGCUGCCAGUGAGCCAAGCUUCCUGGUUAAGUGUUCUCCAGGACCAGAUAAAGGGGCAAGAAUAAAAAGUGACACUCUAUCCCCUCCCACCUCAGUAGCUGUAGCUGGGACUCAGGGCAGCAAUAACGGUAACUGCAAUGACAGUACUUUGUACUUGACUGUUGAUAAUCAGGACUCCAAUGGCAACACAUCAUCUAGUGGCUCAUCCGUUACCCCAACAUCGAAGGAUCCCUGCCCAGAUGCCAAGAGCCCCAGGAAGCGCGCAGGCCCGGUCGGGGAGUCCCAUGUGAUUCCUGUAAAGAGAGUGUUUAUCUCCCAGCAGCCACUGACUGUAGUUGACAGUCCAAAACCUGGAGUCAGUGUUGCAGUGAAGAAGAUCCCCAGACCAGGAACCCCUGCCAGGCCAGAGAGCGCCCCUUGCAAAGUGACUUUGAAACACACAUCCACAGGGCCCACGCAGAUCCUUGCGCUUUCCGACUCGCCCAUCACACACUCCCAGACUGUUGUCAAACCCCAGGCUAUGGUGGUGAAACAAGAAGAUCAUUCUCUCAGCACUGACACCAGCACUGGAGCAGCGGGAAGUGACCCGUCUGAUCAGGCAUUGCUGCAGCAAAUCGCCGUGGACCCUCAUGCCAUAACCGCCAACUCAGGAGCACAUGAAGCCUCUGUGAUGAGUGACUUAAAGAGCACAAUAUGGGAGGAGGGACAGCUUGACGAGCUUCAGAAGCAGGCAUUUGCCCAGCAGAUACCAUCAGAACACAAGCAAGCCCCUACUGACCAACUUUCCAUUAUAGCUCAACCCCCCGAGACCUCAACCCAGCUUACCCUCACGCAGGACAUGGUUGACUUCUCAGGUUCACAGCCCAACAUGGACUACUUCCCAUUCAAUGAUGAUGACAUGACCCAGGACAGCAUUGUGGAAGAGCUAGUCCAAAUGGAGGAGCAAAUGAAGCUGAAGGGUCUGUUUGGGGGUUGUGUUGACGAGUCUCUACAAGGCCAAUCAGCCAGCAGUCAAAACUCUCUCCUAAAUGUUCACCAGACCGGCACUGCCUUCUACCACUCUGCCCACAGCAGCACCACUCCCGUCCAAACACCCACUCCAACACCAACCCCAACACCUACCCCAACCUCUGAAAUGACGCUUGGGCACAGCAUGACAAGAGAGAGCCCCUGCUCCCGCAUGGCUCCGGUCACUCCUGUUGAUGGUGCCAUGGGUCGCCACACUCCUAUCAGCACCCCACUGUCCAACUGCAGCAGCAGCGUACCCCCGAGCCCAGUGGAGUGCAGGAACCCUUUUGCUUUCACACCCAUAAACUCAAGCAUGACAGGGUAUCAUGACGCCAGUAUUGUCUCCAGCAGCCCUGUCAAGCCCAUGCAGAGGCCCAUGGCAACGCACCCUGACAAGGCCAAGCUCGAGUGGAUCAACAACCGCUAUAACAGCAACUCUGGAGGCCCUUUGUCCAACCAUAGCAUUGGUAUUCUGCCCAGCUACCAAGAUCUGGUUGAUGACCAGUUUCGUAAGCCGCAUGCCUUUGCAAUUCCUGGCCAGUCAUUUCAAGCCCAGUCAAGACAGGAUGUUUCUCACUUUGGCCGACUGACUCCCAUUUCCCCAGUGCAGCAGCAACAGCAACAAACGCAGCAGCAGCUAGCAACGGGUGUAUCUACUCCCACUAAACAGGAGAGCUUUGCUGUGCCUGCACCAUUAGACGGCAAAGCAUCGACCUCAUCUGCGUCCAGUACUUUCCGCUGCCGCAGCGUUAGCCCUGCGGUGCGCCAGAGGAACUUCAGUGGCAACACCGGCCCUCCGACCACUACCACGGCCACCACCACCACCACCCGAGCUGUGGUUUCACCCUUUAACUCCCCUAUCACCUCAGAAGUGCUCAGCAUCCUGUCCAACAGCCAGACAGUCAGCUCUGUCCACAACAUGGUCCAGCGGAGCCAGUCUGUACCUUUAAACAUCAUGAUGCAGAGUGAGAUGCUGCCUGUGCAGGGUCAGAGCAACACCACCAAAAUCACCAAUGUUCUUCUCAGCAAGAUGGAAGCUGAUGGGGAUGAUUCUGUUCGUGGCCUGGGUAUUAACAAUCUCCCGUCUAACUACACAGCCCGUAUGAACCUCACGCAGAUCCUGGAGACUACUCCUGGUUUCGCUGGAGGAACUGCUCACCAGACCCAGCUGCCUGUCAGCUCCAGCCCUGCUGCCUUUGAGCUCCAGCAGCAUGGCUUUCUCGCCACUAACAGUGGAGAACAGAUGAGUUUCUCCACUGGGGACAGCCAAGCACAAGUGGGUCCUAGUGAGCAAGACCAGCAGCAGCAGCUCCAGGAGAAUCCUGUUCAGACACAACCACAGCUCCUCCUCCAGAGCACACAGCAACAAGAGGUGGAGGAUGAACAACAACAGCUGGAUUUCAACAACACUGUCAAGGACCUGUUGGGGAAUGAUGGUGUCAACCCCAGUUCCCAGUUGGUAGAUCAGGUAGCUUCAGAGCUCAAUGCCGUGGCGUCUGACUUCUCAAACGACAUCAGACUGACGUCAGAUCUGUCCAGUAGCAUCACUGACUUAAACACAUUGGACACCAACCUGCUGUUUGAUCCUAAUCAACAGCAGGAACAAUAUGAAGACUCAACACUGGAAGAACUGAAGAAUGACCCACUUUUUCAGCAGAUAUGCAGUGAUACUGUGAACUCUGGUUUUGACUGGCUCGAAAGUAAAGACCAGCCUACUACAGUAGAGAUGCUGGGCUAAUGUUAUCUUUUAUUCUGUAUAAUUUCUGUUCUCUGUUGUUUGUUUGGUGUGUGUAUGUGUGUGCGCGUGUGUGUGUGUAUGUAUGUAUGUAUGUGUAGUACAUGUGUUUUAAACUACACUUUGUUGAGAAUUGUCUGGACAUUUGUUCUGUUAGAAGUGCCAGGCUUACCAGAAAAUCUCUCCUCCUGUUUAGUUACUUCUCUCUUUUUUCAUUUGUCACCAAGAGGUUCAAUUUAGCCACUUUUCUCCCUCAUUUGAACUCAGAAAUGUAAGCAUUUCAAGGAAAAGUGCGAGUACUUGGUGGCAGCACGCACUUAAUGUAUGAGAGCAGACUUGUAUGUUAUGAACAUUAAGGGAAACAUAAUCUUCCGUGUUAUAACCAGUCAAUAAUGCAAUAUUUGUAUUUAAUGAACCCUUAAUGAAAGUGAGAUUUGCUCCUCCAUUUGGCACAAAAGACUUCACCAAAAACAUCUGCUGUUGUAUACUAUUUACAGUGUGUGCAGUUCAACCAAAUGCAGACAAUAUUGGGAUUGUAGUAUAUGCACAUAAUAGUUGUAGUACAUUUGCCUGCCAUAUUUGAAUAUUAAAAAGGGUAGCAUCUUCUGCUGCCAGGUGCUGAAUUUAUGACAUAAUCUUUAUACUUUAUCAUAUACCAAAUCAGUGAAGAACUGAUUCACAUCUGAGCAUUGUCCAAGCGUGAAAUUUUCUUAAAGCCUAUACUUCUUGUACUGUUUAAUAUCUUAUAAAGGGAGUAGAUGAAUCAGUAGGGAGAAGAUGGGAAUUCAGGCCACUCUGUGGACUAUACAUUGAAAGGAAUCAACAACUGGCUGCCUUAUUCCCAAAAGUCCAAGGCCUUAUGCCAUCUUUAGAGAGACUGUAUAUCGUAUAAUGUUAAGACAUGUUCAGAACCAUCCAGAGCUUCAUCAUAUCAAGGCAGCUGUUACUCUGGUAUUUUCUGUACUAUUUCUUAUUCCAUUUUUGUUUUUGCAGUGUUACAAUACAGAUGCAUAUUGUAUAGGUUAAUGACUACACUGUGUGCCCCUAUUAGUGAUGGAUUUAGAGGAAUUUGAUAUGCUGUCAUUUCACAAAAACCAUGGCAGGCACACUUUCAUUUUAGCGUGAAAAAAAAAUCCAAGCUUGGAUAAGAAUAUAAAUGGUAUGGAGAAGGCUUAGUUACAUAGAAGGUUAGAGGCUGACGUAUGUCUUUGACGUCAUCUUGAGUAUCGGAGGAAAUGAAGUUAUGUUUGUGGAGAUCCGGUCUUAUUUCCAUACCAAAGAUGAUGUGUUUGAAUAACAUAUGAGAUUAUUAUACAGAGACACUCCUAGUAAACAUCAGCAACACUGGGAAAGCGGGCAGACUCAGAAACAAGAGUUUUAUUGCAUUUGAGGAAAAGGAUUCAGUUGCAUAAAACCUAUGUACAGUAUGUAAAUUUGAGAAAUGGUUGCUGUCCUAUGUUUUAUAGGUAACCAUGGACCUGAAAGCAUGUUGGAACAUCACUGCUAGCCAGGUAGGCUGUGUGAUACAGUAGGAUGCUUGUUUGAGUUUUUGGCUGUUGUCAAUGUUGUAUAAGUCAUGUUUAAGCUCCAUCUGUAAAUAGGAUAGAUACAUAGAGAUUUGAUGUAUCAAGACACUAUAUUAUGGCCAUUAUUCUAGCCAAGUAUGUGCCAUUUAAAAGAUAAAAAGCUUAACAGAUCUGUAGUCGGCAAGAUACUGUAUGUUGUGUGUUACAUUUCUGGCUCAAUGUGUUGUAAAAGUAAUGCUGUCUGGUCUCACUUGCUGAUUUUAUUUUAUUUUAUUUUUUCUAUUCAAAGAUAUUAGGUGUCUGCAGUUGCAGAAGUGAUAUGUGCUUUGAGCAGGAUCAAUAGCAUGGUAUAUUGAGAAAAAGUUGUGAUAAUGCUAGCUGGUUGCAAACAUCUCUGCAACAGACAUUGUGCUCGAAGCCUUUCAGUAGACACUGGAAAAAAAAAAAACGAUUACUCAUGUUUCAUCAAACUUUGGAGGUUCACAUAAUUGCACUAAAUUUUUAUGACACAUGGCUUUGACACAUCUUUAUGGACAAACGUUAUGAUGGAUGCCCGCAAAAAAAAAUGAAAAAAAAAUUUUUUAUGACAAGUUGAGUAAGGAAAUUUAACUGAAUUGUCAGAAAAUGACUAAUUGUCUUGUAGCAAAAUGUGCAUUAAUCUCAGUGAGAUACACAUUUCUUACUCAUUCUCAUACAUGAGAAUAUAAAGCAUUGAGGGGGGAAAAAAGUGAAAUAACCUUUUAAAACCUACAUGCUCGUUAUGUUUAUAAAUGAUUGUACGCACGCAUGUGUGACAACUUCUGUUAUACUUUGUAUUCUUGGUAACCACUGUCUUCUGUGAUUUGGGCAGGUUCUGUUAACCAGACUGGCAGUGCUAGUUUCAAGAGUUACGUUACUUUUGUUGUGUGAGGUUUACUAAGUUAAUGUUGUUCUAUAUGUUAUGUUGACUGUUUUUUGUCAAUUUUACAUAUUCUUAUUUUGCAAAAUGCAUUUGUGAAGAUAUGAAACAUUUUCUCUUAAUUUUUUUUUUUAACAAUAAGGCACUGACAUUUGAAUUUGAAUGAAGGAAACGCACCUCUUCAUGAGUACAGGAGCUCCAUCAAGCAGCGAUGUUGUUAAACUUUGACUGACCCAGAACCAUCUCUGUUACUAUCUUGUCCAUUUCUACCAGUAGUAGAAAAAACCCCUUCCUCUGUGGUGUUGUCUGGUGUACUGCUUAAUGUACAGUAGCUUGUUAAUAUUGCAAAUGCGUUGUUUUUUUUUUUUCAAUGGAAAGUACUCACUGGUGAGAUUUUUAAAGUGGUUUUAAAAGCCAAUAAACCUUUUUUAAAGAA